CCACAUGGUGGGUUUUUCUUGAAUCUUGUACUGUCAGUUGUCACUCCCACUUCCGACACCACCUCUGACAUUUAAUCGAGUUACUAAUUAUUGUCACGGAAGAAAGUAAUAAAACACUAAGCAACCGUAAAGCUAUCAACCGAUCAACCAUGCUUGUAUUAGUUUUGGGAGAUUUACACAUUCCGCACAGAUGCAGCAGCCUGCCUAGUAAGUUUAAAAAACUUUUAGUACCAGGCAGAAUACAACACAUAUUGUGUACCGGAAAUCUUUGUACCAAGGAAUCCUACGAUUAUCUCAAAACUUUGGCAAGUGAUGUUCACGUGGUCAGAGGAGAUUUUGAUGAGAACCUUAAUUACCCAGAACAAAAAGUUGUUACUGUUGGACAAUUUAGAAUCGGCCUCUCGCAUGGGCAUCAGGUUGUGCCAUGGGGAGAUCCGGAAUCGUUGGCUCUUAUUCAGAGGCAAUUAGAUGUUGAUAUAUUGAUAUCUGGCCACACACAUAAAUUUGAAGCUUAUGAGCAUGAAAAUAAGUUUUACAUCAAUCCUGGAUCUGCAACUGGGGCGUACAAUCCUUUGGACACGUCAGUUAUCCCAUCAUUUGUGCUCAUGGAUAUUCAAAGCUCAACUGUGGUAACGUACGUUUAUCAGCUUGUUGGAGACGAGGUCAAAGUGGAGAGGAUUGAAUAUAAGAAAAGUUAGAAUUUCUGCAUAAUGCAUAUAUUUACGAACAAUAAACCAAUAUUGAUUGUUUUAAAAGAUUUAAAAAUCAUGAAUAUGCUGGAGACUAGUAAUCAUAAGAUAAGAAAUUGUAUAUUUAAUUUAAAUUGGUUAUACACCAAAACCGUGUCUGAUUUGGUGAAAUCUAGAUAUAUUUAACGGUAUGUGUAUCACGCAUAUAAGUAUCAUUUUGAUGUAUACAUUAGUAAUUAAAAUCGCGUUAAUUUUUACACAAAUAGCUGCUUUUGGCAGAAUGCCAUGUAUAAAAUAAUUUACGAUAUCUUUAUAUUAUCAUUUUCUUGAUAGCGAUCACUAUAGUUCGAUUUGUGUUAUAUUAUGUUAUAUGUACAAUAUUGUUUUCAAUAUUUGUCAUGUUUGUAAAAUGGACAUAUUUCAAUACAUCUUGACAUUUGGUUAUCAAGUACAAUAUCUCAAUAAACAUUAUUUAUAAUGCAAAUCCGGUUCCUUCAAAUUUUGAGGCAAUGAAAGAGUCUGUACUGUAGUUUUAUUUCGAAUCUGGGUUCCCAGUUGAAAUUUAGUGAAAAUUCGUAGCAUUAACAAUUUCAAGUUUCUCCUGAAUUUUAAUCCUGAAUUAUAAAAUGGAAAUGUAUUACAAAUAUCAAAAAUCAGAGUCAACAUAUCUUUUCUGCUAUCAAAAAAUUAAUCUCGUUUUGUUUAAUCUGUAAUACAAAGUAUAAACGAAUUUUGCACACGCGGUCACCGUUAUUUUUCAAAAAUCAUUUGAAUUUCUAUAAAUUUACACACAAAUUUUUUUACAUUACAUGAGAUUUCUUAAUAUUUGUAAUAUAUCCAUUUCGAAAGUCCAUGUGUAUUUAUUUACGUACUACUUGAAACGAACUAAACAUGUUAUGUCGAUAUAAGGUCGCAUUUAUACGAAAAUUGUUAAAUUUGUUGAAACUUUUCAAAGUUUGAGUAAGGUCAAAUAAAAUUCAAUUCACGAAUA